CGUCUGCUAAAUCGCUGCGGUACCAGUGGCAAUCAAGUGGCCCCACAUUCGGAUAAUCUUUACCCAAGAUAGGCUGACGCCAGUGUACGUCCGUGGACAGUGUUUGCGCGGCAGCAAAGGACGCUUCGUGCGCUUUUUUCGUCCUAACAAGCAGGAAUGCGAAGUGGAUAAGUGUUUGAAGGGUGUAGUUCAAGGAAGCAAUGUAGCCUUAUCAUCAAAAGUGUUAAUCACUAGCUGAAGAAGUUGUGUAUUUAUUUUGUCGGGCAAGUGCAAAAGUUCAAACGACUUACAUCUGGCGAGUCGGUGAAGAAAAAUGCAACAUUGGAUGCAAGAGCUGCUGCGUUUGAAUGUUGUUAUGGCAACGAAACGGUGACUCUAUUGGCCACAGAAGAGCCAUUCACGAGAAAGGAUAGUAUCGCAAGCAGCAAACAAGCUCCGAAAGGAAUACAAACACUCCCUGCCUUACAAGGAUAGCUUAACGGGGUGUUUUGAUUGGAAAGACAUUAUUCGUGCUGAUCAGAGAGAAGGAUGGAAACGCUAGCGGAGACAAGUCUCCCACCGGGGCUACGGCGUCCCGAACCCUCCUCGCUCAUUCCGACCUCGCCGGAGGGAGAACAAUCGCCACAAAACAGCAAUCCCGGUUCGGUGCUGGCGAAUAUCAUCGGAGCCAGCCCUGGGGGCAGCAGUGGCCAUCACCUGCUCGAGGAUCACUCGCAGUCGUCGCAGGACGAUAGUGGCAGCAUGGUCAGCCCGGCCGCACACGCCGAACCGGAAGAAACGAUCGAAAACAUUGUGAAGGAGCUGAGUGAAUCGUGCGUCGAUACGGACUCACAGCCGACCGGGCCACAGAUCGCGGGAUUAUCACCGACCGCGGGCAAGGGGUCGCGAGCGCAAGCAGUCGCAACGUCCACCAGUGCAGGGGGCAAGGGUGGAGGUGGGAGCGUCAGCACCGGUAGAUCUCCUGCUGGUGCCAGAUUGGAGAUGGGAGGCAAGCCGCGUACGGGGUCCGUUGCGAAUGGGGACGCAGGUUUGCCAAAGGUUUCUACCGGAGGAGGCAAACCGAUGGCGAUGCGGGAGUUCGACCGUAAGAUGAACAAGGCACGGGGGCGACCGAAGCGGAAGGCCAUUGUGGCCAUGUAUCAAAGUGAGAUAAGCGAAAACAAAAUCGGCAUUAAGCUGUGUAUAAAGAAAGCAUCUGAUGCAACAGUACAACCAAAGAAACCGAACCGCAAGCGUGCCCGUAAACCGAGGAGCCUUAACGAGGAUAGUUCGGACGAAACGUCGCCGGAAAAGCGCAACCGGCGGGCGGAGAAGCCGCGAAAAACGAACAACAACACCGAGAAGCGGAGCGCCGAGGAGGAGUACAAACCGCCCGAGGAUCAGAGCGUCUGGGCCAAUCAGCUGCCCGAGCACGUGCUGCACAUGAUCUUCAAAAACGUCAUCCAAGAGGAGGGCAGUGUGCCGACCCUGCCACGGCUGUCCCGGGUGUGCUCCAGCUGGUACAAAAUGGCCCAAACACCGUCCCUCUGGCGAACGGUCGAUCUCGGCACCUGGACGAAGGAUCGGUUUAAAACGGAACCAAAGCUGAAGUGGCUCAUAGAGAAUCGGCUGCAGCACGCGACAGAAGUUGGGCUGGGAAACUGGAAGGUGACGAACGUGCAAUGCGUGCUGGAUAAGCUACUGGAAGCCGCACCGCAGCUGGUUGGGAUCACGCUUACCGGCUGGAAAGCCCUCACAUCCGAACAUUUGCUCUUUAUGGUGCAAAAUUUCAAACGUUUAGAAAGCCUAGACCUCAGCUCGAUCAACGCUGAAGUGAACGCCAAUAAAACGGCCGUGGGACAAACAUCACUGUGCAAUGCCAUUACGGAGAUGGGAAGCCGGCUUACGCAUCUUCAUCUGGCCCACAAUCGGCUCAGCGGAAUCCCGCAAAUCGUGAAAGCGCUAUCGACGCACUGUCCCAAUCUGGUGCUGCUGGAUCUGUCGAACGUCAGCACAAUUGCCAUCUCGCACGGUAUACUGCAUAUCGAGCAGCUGCAGCAUGGCUGCCAGAAGCUGAAAAUACUCCGGAUAACGAACUCGCACAUCAAUCUCAGCACGGCGACGUUACAGGAGCAGAUGGAGUCGCCCGGUUUCCCCGCGCUAGAAGAACUGUCCGUUGCGUCGCUCGCGGACGAAUCGCGUCUGUUUAACGACGAGUACCUGCAGCGUAUCCUCAAAACCAGCACACAACUAAAAUUGCUCGACGUCCGCGGGUGCUCCCGGCUGACGCACGACAGUCUCAUCCGGUUGCCAACGUGGGAUCUUAAGCAUCUUUUCCUUUCCGGCUGUUCGAUCACGAGGGACAUGGGGUCCGGCUUGGAGUUGAUCGCGUCCAAGUGGGCCCACAGUUUGAUAGAGUUCGAUCUGGCGUGGGCCAACGCUACCAAGCCGCUGGACGAUGCGCUGAAGGCGCUCGCGGACAAGGGCUCGGAGUCGCCAUUAAAUCAUCUCAACCUUUGCGGAUCAUCGGUUUCACUCGAGGCGGUCAAGGAGGUGCUCGCCAACUGUCCACACAUAAAUUCCAUCAAUCUUGCCUCCUGCCGGGGGCUACCUCGUGGCGUCAAACGGUUACUGCGGGGCGCGCAGGAGAUUGCCGAGCUGCGGGAAAACCUCGGCGUCACGUUAAGGCGCCCCCGGCCUUCGACGCCCCCCGGGGGCACUUAAGCGGUGCGGGCCGGAUCGAAGGAGGGUAAAGGAAGCAAGAAUCAAAUUGCACAUAUUACAAAAGACUAUUGUGUGAUAAAUAGGCAAUAGACGGCACAACACGCGUUAUCGAGCCAUCGAAACACGCCGGAAGUGUUUAUGUGUAGUGAUGAGGAGGUGUGGCGAAUCCUUUUCGCAGGCGAAGAACGAAAGUCGAUUCGAGAGUUUUAUGUGCAACAUUAUCCAGUUAAUUGCGGCAUUCGGGAAGGAAGCAGAAGGAGCAAAGGGUUGUAUUUAUGUACGUGCAAAUUUGUAAAGAUUGUUGUCUUUAUUAAAUAGUUUUUUUUUUGACGACGUGUUUUGCGCAAACCGGUGCGUAAGCCCGUCGAUCCGUUUUAUUUGAUAAGCGUGUUGGGAAGACAGUA